UUGGUUUUUUUUCUUUAUGCACGGUGAUUGGUGACAAACUCGACCACAGUCGACAGAGAAAAGGUGGUGUUUAAUGGUGGUGUUACUUCACUUAAAUGAACAGCUUUUAACUUUCUGCCCCUUCUGAACUCUGAAUUCGCAAGGACCGUCCCCUUUUUUCUGGCAGCUUGGGUCUGGGUGGGGGUGUCACCCUUACCUUGUGACAACGUCAACUCAAAGACUGCCCAGUCCUGUUUUUUUCAGAGAAACAUCUCCUAUUUCAGAGCAGGGCAGCUGGGCGGGAGGGGUUCUUGGAGGGUAGGGUGCUAAUACAAACGUGAAGCUGCCGACUGCAGCCUGGGAUGAUGUACAGCGUGCCUGUAACCUCGCAGCCAUCGCCACCGGAGCACGAGACACUGCGAAAUAUCCCUUGGGACCGACGUUGCUGUAGCAUAUUUUUGGGGUUGCCCUCCCACAGAGCGCACGCGGGGUGCAGGGGCCGCUCCGGAGCCGCUCCCUCUGGCUGCUGAGGGGCUCCGUGCAGCGCGUUCGACGGGCGGCAACUCCCCAGCGGGGGUUGGUGGCAGCAGGUCGGGACGCACCCGGGACUGGCGCUCCGGGGGGAGGGGAGGGGGGCGGCCCCUCUGCCCCGGCUCGGGAGCUCCCGGGUCCUGCCCACACCGCCCUUUCCAAAGGGCAGCAGAGAUUCCUUGUCCCGCCCAGAGCGCGGCCACCUCUGCUGCCGCCCCAAGUUACGAACGAGCCGCGCUGCGGCCGGGGCCGAGCUCUCUCUCGAGGAAUGAACGCGAAGCCUUCAGCAACUCCAGAACCGAGCGGGAAUUCCACCACAACCACCGCUCCAUCGCGCAGCCGCCUCGCAACAGGGCAGGCGGGCGCUGUCACGUGAGGGCGAGCUGUGGCGGACUGGCUCUGUCACGUGACGCGGCGGGGCGGUGUCCGGCGGGGCCGUGGCGGGGAUGAGGCCGGGGCGCUGUGGCGGAGGGUCCCGCGCUACGCUGCGAGUGCUGCUGCUGCUGUGGCUGUGCUGGGCGGCGGGGGCUGCGCUGGGCCCGGGCGUCCCGGGGCAGUGUGGGGCGGAGGAGUGGCCGCGGGACCCCGUCCCUCCCGGCGCGUCCUUCGCCGCCGCCGCCUCCUACCGCGGCCCCGGCAACAACGACACGCGGAGCGACCGCUCGCUGCCAGUGCUGCUGUGGUGGAGCGGCAGCCUCUUCCCGCACUUCCCGGGCGACACGGAGCGCAUCGACUGCGCGCGGGGGUCGUGUCUGGCCACGCGCCGCCGCCGCGCCGCCCGCGGCCGCCGCACCGCCGCGCUGCUCUUCUACGGCACCGACUUCAGGGCGUACGAGGCGCCGCUGCCGCGCCUGCCCCGCCAGACCUGGGCGCUCUUCCACGAGGAGUCCCCCAUGAACAACUUCCUGCUCUCGCACCCUCCCGGCAUCCACCUCUUCAACUACACCGCCACCUUCCGCCGCGGCUCCGACUUCCCGCUGACGCUGCAGUGGCUGCCGGGCGCCCCGUACCUGCGGGCACCCGCCCCCGCGCUGGCGGAGCGCGACGCGUGGCGGCGGCGGGGCUACGCGCCCGUCCUCUACCUGCAGUCCCACUGCCACGUCCCCUCCGACCGCGACCGCUACGUGCGGGAGCUCAUGAAGCACAUCCAGGUUGACUCCUACGGCAAAUGCCUGCAUAACCGUGAUCUUCCCAGUGAGCGACUGAGAGACACCUCUACAGCCACUACUGAAGACUCCGAGUUCAUGGCUUUCAUUGCCAGGUACAAGUUCCACCUGGCCUUGGAGAACGCCAUAUGCGAUGACUACAUGACGGAGAAGCUGUGGCGCCCGAUGCACCUGGGUGCUGUCCCGGUGUACCGAGGCUCCCCGUCUGUUCGGGACUGGAUGCCAGACAAUCACUCCAUCAUUCUUAUCGAUGACUUUGAGAGCCCCCGGGAGCUGGCAAAGUACCUUGAUUUCCUGGACAAGAAUGGGGAGGAAUAUAUGAAGUAUCUAGAGUAUAAAAAACCUGGUGGAAUCCAAAACCAGCUCUUGCUAGAGAGCCUGGAGAAGCGGGAGUGGGGUGUGAACGACAUGACUCUGCCCAAUUACCUGAAUGGCUUCGAGUGUUUUGUCUGUGACAUGGAGAACGCGCGGCUAAGGGAAGAGGAGGAACACAAAAAGUCUCAAGGGAAGAUCCCAGCUCCCAAACCUCGAAUUGCUCAGUUCCAGCACAUGGGAUGUCCUAUGCCAACCCCUGGGUUUGGAUCUGUUGACGACCUCUCUGGACAAGACAGUUGGAAAGAGAUGUGGCUGCAGGACUAUUGGCAAGGUCUCGAUCAGGGUGAGGCCCUCACUGCUAUGAUUCACCGCAAUGAGUCGCAUCAGGGACGAUUUUGGGACUAUAUGCAUGAGAUCUUUCUCAAGAGGACGAGGCAGCACUGACCCAGCUCUGUGGCAGCUUGAUUUGAAAAUUGCAGUGGAAGGUGAGACCGAAUUCUUACCUCGCUCCAAAUGUCUGCCUUGAAAUAGAAGAGAAAUUCUGACAGAGACUGUUUUAUCCCGUGAAUGAAGUGAGUAAGUUUUUGUUACAGUUGGAUUUCGGCGGUGGAGAUCUGAGCAACUGCUUUGAUUUGAAUUUCAGCUCCGUGGUGUGAAGCUGCUCCUGAUUGCAGGUGUCAGCAUGGGGGGCAAAAGGAGAAUUUGCUCUCCUCUUGCACUUGGUAUGGUUUCCUCAUGGCGUGCAUGACUUCGAAGGAACGCUUCUUCAGACUCUUGCUCAAACGCCCUAAGGUAUUUCAGGGAUUUUUUUUUAAUCUACAAAGUAUUAAUUGUUUUUUAUAAGUAUUUUAUAAACCACUUACCGUCCUCAUAAAGGUGUACUUUUACCUGCUGUGAACAAAUAGUUUUUCCAGUGAAGGAGUUACAAAAGACAAAUGUCUGUGGAGAGCGAUUAUGCCUUAUGAAAUUGCAGCAAUAAAGUGUCUUAUACCCAAGUAAGUGUGCCUCAAGUACUCCUUCAUGUCAGGGUAACUGAAUAGUGAUAAGCAGCUCUCUUACUCUGCUAACUUCCCAGGUGAUGCUUACUGUGGGAUGAGAGACUACAUUAUUUAGUUUACAUCUUCCAACAAGGUGUUGCACAUGAGAAAAUGUAUCACCUGGUACUAGGGUGAAAUCGGUAUGCUUUGGUUCUUAUAAGUUUCCAGCAGGUCUGAAAUCCCAGCUUUGAGCUUCAUUGCUGUUACCAAGCAUAUUUCUCACGCAAUGUCCCUUCUUAACUUUAGUAUGAGCUCAACUCAGACAUGGAAGUAACUUUUAUCACAGAUAUUCUGUGGGGUUUGUCUGAGUUUUUCCAAAGUACAGCCUUUAGUUUGUCAAUAAGAGUCAUGAGUCAGUUUCAGCAGCUUUCUUUUCAGAGUUCCUAGUGUCUUCCUAGAUUUAACCAUUUUGUACAGUCCUACAGGUGGUGAACUCAAAGAGUAAUGGGUAUCAGCUAUGACUCCUCACAGCUGUGAUGCUCACCCAAGCCUCGCAUUUCCCUUGUACCUGCAGAGUUUUUUUCUGUAGUAAUAGAUGACACUGGUUUAUCAUCUCCUGUAGAUCACUACAUGUUCAUGACUUAUAAACAACAUGUUUGUUGCCUGUGUUCAUAUACUAAAUGUGUUCCACUUAUUGUGAAACUUACUGACCACUAAUUGGAUUUCUUACUUCCUUGCUGUAAAUCCAAACCAGCAAGACAGUGGCUGGAUGUCAUCAUACAUGUUGUGACUACUGGAAGGCUUAUAUGAUACUCAGACUGAACAGUGUAUAUAACAUCUUUCU